AUGGCCGAAGGACGCGCAUCGGGUAAUACUGAUAAUGCCAAUUAUUUAUUACAAGAUUAUUCAACAUCUAUUGAAUAUUUUGAUAAGCGUUUGACAAUUGCCACAGAAAGUAAUGAUCAAGAGGGCCAACGGCAUGCGCAUACAAAUCUUGCCAAUGCUUAUUUAUAUUUAGGAGAUUUCGAUAAAGCUCUUCAUCACUACAGAGAAGCAAUGAUGUUGAGUGAAACUAUGAACGAUGGAUUAUUUAUAGCACAAUCAAGUUUUAUGCUUGGUCGUGUUUAUAACAUCAAACAAGAUUAUGCAACGUCAAUUUGUUUUCAUGAAAAACAUUUGAAUUUAGCACAUAAAUUUCAAGAUUAUAAAGCACAAUGCCAAGCUUACUCCAUUCUUAGUCAAUUAUAUGAAAAAAUUCAUCAAUAUGAUAAAACAAAAAAAUAUCAAAAUCUCUAUGAAUCAUUGUCACGAGAAAUUGAUGAAACAAUUGAAAAAAAACCUCCAUCAAAAAGUAGUUUAUUUAAAAGUCUUCGUGCCGACUCGAUUUCCACAAGUCUAUCGGAAUCACACAUUUCAAAUGCGGCAAGAUCAAAUUCAGUUGUUAGUAGUAAUUUAAUUAAUUCAACAGAUGAAAAAUCAAUAAUUAAUACAAGUAAAAGAAAUAAAUUAAAUUUUAUUCAACAUUUUACUAAAAAAUCACCUAUCGGAAUAAGAAAAAAAUCUUUAAAAGCUGAUCCUGAAGAAUUAGUUGAUCUUGUUUGUCGUAUGCAAAAUACACGCUUUGAUGAUCAACGUUGUGAUAUUAAAACUGCAAAUGAACAAUCGGACAAAAAUACUUCAGUAGAGCAUGAUUCUAAUUCUCAACUUGAAGACAUUUUAAAAGCGGUCGAUCGUUUACAACAGUUCCGUCUUGAUGAUCAACGUACAGAAUUUCCUAAUCCUACAAAUUCUAGCAAUGCGACCGCAAAAGUUGCACGUCUUUCACCAGUAAAUGAACAGUUUCUAGAUCAACUCGCUAAAUGUCAAGAUGCUCGCAUGGAUGAUCAACGAGCUGUGCUUUUACCUCUAGCGAACAGUAAUAAUAAAUCAUCAACAACACGACCAAUAUCACCGGUACCAAUAAUUAAAACAUCCUAUAUAAAACAGUCUACGAAACAAUCAACAUCGAAAACAUUACCCGAUGAAGAUUUUUUUUUUGCUCUGAAUCGUUUGCAAGCGCCUCAUGUUGAUCCAUCACAUACCGAUAUACUAUCAAAACGAAAAUUACCACUAAAAAAACCUUGA